AUGCCAACUGUUGAAGAUCCGAGUAGUGAACAAAACUUCAUCACGCAUUGGAUGUCAGAUAGUUCGCGUGCUGGAGUCUUAUUAGAUCCUAGUUUUACCACUUUGAAAAUCAACAAAGAAAAUUUGUUAUCUGGACCUGAAAACAUUACAGCUUUCCCUGCUGAAGUGUGUCUUUCAGACAGCUGUUCUGUAAGUGAUGACUCCUUGUGUGAAGAGUCAGGCAGCUCUUGUACACUUCAGCAAUAUACCACUGAAACGUCUUUUCCAGCAGCAGCAUAUAAUGUAGAAGCCUCUAAAACAGACUUUGUCUGUGGUGAAGUGGAUGGUCAGAAUAAAUCCGAUCACAGUGACCCACUCUUACAAAAGCUUGAACAGCUGAAGGAAUUGCAACAACAGAAACAGGAACAGCUAAAGAAACAACAGAUGGAGCAACUUCAAAGGCUAAUGGAAGAGCAGCAGAAGCUACUUAGCAUGGUAUCUGGCCAGACAACAGUUCUUGGCUCUACUCUAAUGGCUGAAAGUCAAAAGCUAAGACCUGGGCAUUCAGUGGGCUUAACAACUUUACACCAGUUGCCAUCAUCUGGCUAUCAGAAUCACUUUGAAGACGGAGCUUAUGCUGCAAUUGUUUCUCCACAUACACAAGACAGCGAUUUUUUACAAAAGUUGAACAAUAAAGAAUGCACCUCAUCUUUGAAGAGCAGUCUUCCAGGAGUGUCUGCCUGUGAGAAACAAGGAAAAAACAUGUGUCCAGAACAAAAGAUGGAAAUAUUAAUAGAGAGUGAAGAUCAUCACAUUGAUCCAUUAUGUAUGGAAAGUGCAGAUCUCUCUGAAAAUUCCAGUGGAGGAAAACAUUUGUGGACUAAUACAGAGGAAAGACCUAUUAAAGCUGCGAUUCAGGAGAAGAAACAGACAUUUGAAGAAUUCCUGGAAGAACAGAUACAACUAGAAGAGCAGCGUUUGGAGCAAAACCAGAAGUUACAGGAGACAAGCGGAUCAGCCGUUCAAAAACCAGUGAUCAAACGACCCUUCUUGAAAAGAGGAGAAGGCUUAACAAGAUUCACUAAUGCCAAAUCUAAAAUUACAAAACCUGGAGAAAACACCCCAAAACUUCAGCAAAGAGCUUCGGAUGACAGAAAUGUUAUUAAAGUGGACAGAUCACAAAUACAAAAGAAAACUAUGCCUCCUGGCAAAGAACUGUUUUCUGAGAAGCCUUUUGCACCAUGUAAAAAAUAUAACCACCCUGAUAAAGCAAAACAUUGUCCUAUUCAGAAGACCCUGGUACUCAGGAAUCACAAUGGAAAAAAUAUCUUGCCAUUAGAAACAAGAAUGCAACCAGGAAAAAAUCAUGAUGGACAGAUGAGAGAUACUUUCCCAUCAGAAAUUAACAACAAAAUAGAAAAUAAAGAGAAUGUAGUAGAAUUUGCCAAGUCUAACACUGGCAAAUUUGGAAACAAAUUACCUGGCACAGAAAAGCCUCAGUUGUCUCAUGAGCUGGCCAGCGCCUUUUCUAAUUCUAAAUGUCCUAUAGGUCACCCUGUGAAAGAUCCAGAAAUGUCUUUUGAAGUUUCAUUUCAGAAUAAGCUGGAAAACUGGGAAAAAGAAAAAGAGAAAGAGAAUCUAGAAUUAGAUGAAUUUUUGUUUCUAGAACAAGCUGCAGAUGAAAUAUCAUUCUCAAGUAAUUCCUCAUUUGUGCAAAGGAUCUUAGAUCAAGAUCAGCAAACUUUAAAAGGCCGUAGAAUGUCUUCUACUCCUAUUAAGGCAAAACAGCAGCAAGUAAAGGCGCUCGCUGUUAAACUUAUAAAUAAGAAAAAUAAAAAGACAGACUGUAUGACACAGGGAAAUAUGAAUGAUAGAGCAGUUAUGCAUACAGUCUCAAAUUCAGGAACAACUUUUAGAAUGAAGGGUCCACUGAAUAAAAUGGACAGUGUAAUGUUUUCAGCCUUUUCCACAACAGCAGCUCCUGCUUUAAAAAGUAAUCAGUGGAUUGUAAAUGAAGAUAAGGGUGAGGGCAGUGGUGAUACAACUACAGAUUCUGAGAAUGAAUUUGAGACCACAUUAAAGCAUGAAAAUGAAGAUGCUAAGACAUCCUUUAUGAGCCAUAGAGAAAGUGAUACAGAAUUUUUUGAUUAUGGAGGUUCUGUUACAGACAUCAGCAAAGAAAGCAAAAAUGGAGAUGCUGACCUUGGCUUGUCAGACAAAGAUUGCAGCGCACAGUCAAAGCAAAAAAUUAGAAAAGCUUCAGACCAUCAGAGAAGCAUGUCUUGUAUAAGUAGGAGUAAAUGUGAGUUUGAUGAUGAAAGAACAUGGAGUGACCUUGAAGAACAUUAUGUUAAUACUGGUUUACCUGAGGAAUACACUAAAAUACCUUUACAGAUGGACUUUUCCAGUAAGAAUGAUACAACUGUCCCAGAUAAAGCAAUAAAGAGAAAAGUUGCCUUAAAAAGGGAAGAUGGAAUGUCCAAAGAGUCUGCAGUGGACAGUGAUUCAAAUGGACCUCCUGUAUCAAACCUGGUGAUGAAACUGUUUCCUUCACUGAAACCAAAACAGAAGGCAGGCUGUCAGUCAGAGCGGGAAAUCAAAUCAAAUGUGGAACAGGAGCCAGGAAGUGAGAGAACAGCAACUG